AUGCCAAUUUCUUUGCUUCAACACCUUUUUCUCAUCUCUUUAACUUCAACAAUUAUUUGCCAAACAAAUUGUGGUCAUGCAUACAAGUUAUGCCAAGAUGACCAGAAAACAUUGUUACUUGAGCUGAAGAAAGACUUGAUAUUCGAUUCUUCUGUUUCAAGAAAACUGGUGCGAUGGAAUGAGAGCGAUGAUUGUUGCGAGUGGGAAGGUGUGGGAUGCGACGCUGCAGGCCAUGUUGUGAGUCUGCAACUCGACAACGAAGGCAUUUCAGGAGGAAUUGGGAAUUCAUCAAGUCUUGUAAGUCUUGAGUAUCUUGCCAAGUUGAACUUUGCUCACAAUUCUAUCAAUGGGAGCAUUCCCACUCUAAAUCUCUCUAACUUGAUUGAGUUAGAUUUGAGCAGUAACCAACUCAAAGGCCCUAUUUCUAACUCUUUUUUCAAUCUUCAAAGUCUUGAGGUUCUCUCUCUAUCUAACAACUCCUUCAAUGGCACUUUUCAACUAGAAAAUAUUCAAAGGCUUCACAAUCUCACAACUCUCAAUCUUUCCCACAAUAACUUGUCAAUUGAAGCAGGAAGCAUUAGUUCCCAACUAAAGAAGUUGAGCCUAUCCUCUUGCAACCUGCAAAAAUUUCCUGAUUUUCUAAAACAAUCCAACUUGAACUUUUUGGACCUCUCACACAACCAAAUAACAGGGGAAAUACCUAGUUGGAUUUGGGAAAUUGGAAAUGGAGAUCUUUAUCAUUUGAAUCUUUCUUAUAAUGUCUUGAAUGAUCUACAAAAGCCUUACCAAAUUCCCAACUUUCUCGCGGAGCUGGAUUUACAUUCAAACCAGCUCCGGGGUGAGUUGCCCCUGCUCCCACAAGGCGCCUCCUACGUAGAUUUAUCUGACAACAAGUUUGACAAGAACAUUCCUCUCAACUUUGUCAGCUUCAAUUUCUUUCUGAUUUUCUUAUCCAUUGAAAACAACACCAUAAGUGGAUCAAUUCCAACUUGCAUUUGUAGUGCUGAAUCCAUUCAAGUUAUGGACUUGUCACUCAAUAACUUUAGUGGUAGCAUACCUCCAUGCCUUGUGGAAAGGAUUCCCAAUCUUCAAAUGUUGAAUCUUAGGAGAAACAACAUAAGUGGUGAAAUCCCAGAUAAAUUUCCCACCAAUUGUGGCAUGAGGAUCUUGGAACUCAGCAACAAUAACUUAGGAGGGAAUUUUCCAAAGUCCCUUGCAAAUUGCAAAUCAUUGUGGUGGGUGAGUGUUGGAGAGAACAACAUCCGAGGUAGUUUCCCGUGCAUGUUGCCAUCAAGAUUGAAAUAUUUGAUGUUGCGUUCCAACAGUUUCUACGGAGAGGUGCGAUGUGGUGAAAGCUGGCCAAAUCUUCAGAUCAUCGACAUAGCUUCCAAUAAUUUCAGUGGAGAUCUGCAUCACGUAAGCUUCUCAGCCUGGAACAAAGUGAUGCCACAGAGUGAUGCAGAUAUGAAACACCAAAAGUCCGGCAUGAAUGUUGUACGUCCCGACUUAUAUUACUCGACUCGGGUGACUUUAACUGCCAGAGGCUCGCAGUGGGAGUUGGGUUGGAUAUUGCCAAUGUUUGCAGCUGUUGAUUUCUCUGACAAUAAUUUCCAUGGAGAGAUACCAGAAGCAAUAGGUGAUCUGAUCAUGCUUCGUUAUCUCAACUUAUCCCGCAACGCCCUCACAGGCAGAAUCCCAAAAUCAUUGGGUAACACGUCGCUACUUGAAGCACUUGAUCUCUCAGUAAACCAGCUAAGUGAGAAGAUUCCAGUGGAGCUUGAAAAUUUGACAUUUCUUUCGUACUUGAAUCUAUCCUACAAUAAGCUGGUGGGAAAGAUCCCAAGUGGUAAUCAGUUUGCAACAUUUUCGAAUGAUUCAUAUAUAGGAAACACAGGGUUAUGCGGUGUUCCUCUCAGCAUAAGCUGCAGCAAUCAUAGUGGAGAUGAUUCACCAAAACUUGAAAGCAUGCAGCCAAAUGGAAAGACGAAGAUGGAGUGGUACAAUAUUAGGCUUGAAGAAAUUAUGAAGAGGCUACUAACUAAUUAA